GCAACUGUGACAUGCCGGGUCCCUCCCCUCCCCGGGCACUGUGAUGCCGCGGGGCAGCUGCUGGCCCAGCAUGUCUGUCCCCGGGCCCCUCCCGCCCAGUGUGUCACAACAGCGGAGGCGGCUGUAUCUGGAGCAGUUGGGGUGGGCAGGCCCAGCUCCGAGGCGAGCGGGCGAAGAGAGCAGUCGCGAUGAGGGAAUGUAUAUCAAUCCACGUGGGUCAAGCAGGCGUUCAGAUUGGCAAUGCCUGCUGGGAGCUCUUUUGCCUGGAGCAUGGCAUCCAGGCGGAUGGCACCUUUGGUGCCCAGGCCAGCAAGACCAACGACGACGACUCAUUUACCACCUUUUUCAGUGAGACUGGCAAUGGGAAGCACGUGCCCCGGGCUGUCAUGGUCGACUUGGAGCCUACUGUAGUAGAUGAGGUUCGGGCAGGAACCUACCGCCAGCUCUUCCAUCCAGAGCAGCUGAUUACAGGAAAGGAGGACGCAGCUAACAACUAUGCCCGGGGCCACUACACAGUGGGCAAGGAGAGCAUUGACCUGGUGCUGGACCGCGUAAGGAAGCUGACAGAUGCCUGCGCUGGCUUGCAGGGCUUUCUGAUCUUCCACAGUUUCGGGGGGGGCACGGGCUCUGGCUUCACGUCUCUGCUGAUGGAACGCCUCUCCCUGGAUUAUGGCAAGAAGUCCAAGCUGGAGUUUGCCAUCUACCCAGCCCCCCAGGUGUCCACUGCAGUGGUCGAGCCCUACAACUCCAUCCUGACGACGCACACCACGCUGGAACAUUCCGACUGUGCUUUUAUGGUGGAUAAUGAAGCCAUCUAUGACAUCUGCCGCAGGAACCUAGACAUCGAGCGCCCCACCUACACCAAUCUCAACCGCCUCAUCAGCCAGAUCGUCUCCUCCAUCACCGCCUCUCUCCGCUUUGAUGGGGCCCUCAAUGUGGACCUCACCGAGUUCCAGACCAACCUGGUGCCCUACCCCCGCAUCCACUUCCCGCUGGUCACCUACGCACCCAUCAUUUCUGCUGAGAAGGCCUAUCAUGAACAACUCUCCGUGGCUGAAAUAACCAGCUCCUGCUUUGAGCCCCACAGCCAGAUGGUGAAGUGUGACCCGAGGCAUGGCAAGUACAUGGCCUGCUGCAUGCUCUACCGCGGGGAUGUGGUGCCCAAGGAUGUGAACGUCGCCAUCGCUGCUAUCAAGACCAAGCGGACAAUCCAGUUUGUGGACUGGUGUCCCACAGGCUUCAAGGUGGGCAUCAACUACCAGCCCCCCACUGUGGUGCCAGGAGGGGACCUGGCCAAAGUCCAGCGGGCUGUGUGCAUGCUGAGCAACACCACGGCCAUCGCAGAGGCCUGGGCACGUCUGGACCACAAGUUUGACCUCAUGUAUGCCAAGCGGGCCUUUGUGCAUUGGUAUGUUGGCGAGGGAAUGGAAGAAGGAGAAUUUUCUGAGGCCAGGGAGGACCUGGCUGCCCUGGAGAAGGAUUAUGAAGAAGUGGGGACUGAUUCGUUUGAAGAAGAAAAUGAAGGGGAGGAAUUUUAAAUAUACAUGCUCCUCCUGGCUGUGUCUUUUUAUUUAUGCUGCUCCACUCUAAGCACAUUCUAAGCACUCUUCCAAGAGUACAGCUACACUCCCGACACCAGUACCUGUGGGUGACUGGGUUGAAAAUGGGUGCUGAGCUCUGUCAGAUCCUCCCUUAGGUAAAAGCAGCUUUGUGUCACUAAAGAGCAUGAGAGUCUCUGUCUUUGGGUUAGGGUGAAGCCAAGUUACAUGUGUGAGGAGGCUUAAUCAGGAUUUUAAAUUCUAGAUUAGGUCCACCCCAAAACACAGUCUGCUGGCCGCGGAAUGGUAAAACACCAGGAAAAGGAAAGAUCUGGGUGUUGGGAAGGGAGUGGUACUGUCGUAAGAGCUGGAGAGUUAGUGAGGAAUAAGAUGGACCCAUUUCCUGUCCAUAGAAACACACAAAGAAAUGAAUGAGAUAAUUUCAGAUAGUGUUAAGUGAUAAAAUAAACCAACAGUGGUGAGAGAAAGUGCUCCGGGGGAAUGCUCCUUGCUGUUGGGUUCUCAGAGAAGGACUCAUGCGAAGCUAAAUGAAGAAAAGAGCCAUCACGGGAAUUCCAGAGUUGGGAUGCUGAACGCAGGGCAAAAACACAGAUGUGGGAACAGGCUUGGAGUUUCUGAAGAACAGAAAGGAGGUCAGUGUGCCUGGAGGACAGUGAAAGAUGGACGUGAGACCCAAGAGCCAAGCAGGGGUCAGAGCAUACUCAGUCUUACAGAGCAUGCUAAGGAGUUUGGAUUUUUCUGAAGUGAAACACAGAGGCAGUGGAAGGGUCUAUGCAGGAUCAGCUAUACUUCAUAGACACGCAUACCUUAUCUCUAACUCUCCCAACAAUCUCAGAAUGGAUUUUCUCAUUUUACAGAUGAAGAACCUGAGGGUUAGAGAGUUUGUGUAGAGACAGUAAGAGAUGGUGCUCAGACAGCAGGAACCAGUUCUGUUUUCUUGUCUACCCUACACUGUUUCUAUUCCUUAGUAUUGGGGCCAGGUUCCAACUGCUACCUCAGAAAAUGCCGGAUGGGGAGAAACAAAAGUCUAUGUCAUUUACAAAGGAGAGGACAAGUUAAUGCAUCACUUAAGUUGGCAGCUCUGGUAGGAUUUUAGGAGGAAGUCAAGACUGUUCUUAUUAAAGUACUGGUAAGAUAUCCAGGAUUGGGCCCAAUGCACUAAAUGUGCAGCUCAUUAAUUGUUGACUAUUCCUAAAUGUUUCUAUUUGACAUUCUUUGGAAACCCUGAGAAAAAUAGAAUAAAAUGUUCUAAGAAAAGGAAGAUUAAGCAACAAGUGAUGCUAAUCACUUCUAGAGGAUUUUCAGAGACCACUGUUUCUUGUUCUUCUGUGAAGGAGAUCAUGGUGCUAAAACAGGGAAGUCCCGACCUGCUGUCCAUUGUGACCUCCCUUGUCUGAGAUCAUUCCUGCACCAUGUUCCAUAGGUGUCUACAUGGACAAACUGAGCUGUGUUAGAGAUUUAGGGUCAGGAGCUGUCAGCCCCAUAUCAGGAUGGGGCAUAUUCUCUCUUGAAGAAGUGAGAUCUACUCUUGGAUUUCAGAGAAGCCUCAAAGGACUUCCUGAGAGUAUAACUAUGACAUAAUUAGGGAGAGAAUAACAUACCCCUGAGGUGAGGGGUUAGGGCUGGGGUAAAUCAUGUAUGGUGUGUUCCUUUCCUCCACAUUUAUGUGAAUUAGUUUAAACAUGAAAGGCAAAGUCGCAGAAGGGAAGCCUGAGAGGUCUGAGUCGAGGGCGGGGCUGCUGGACAGUUUGAAGAGCAGUAUAUACAGGCCUGGGAUGCAUUUUACCCGCUUUCUCCCCUUCCAUUUUUCCUCAUUUGGUUGAGUCCCUGUCCAGCCAAGGGGUUGGGUACCUCUAGCCCUGCUCAGCUUGUAUAGUUCUGUUCAUGAAGUUGGAGCAUUGAACUUUAGAACUGGAGAUAAGGGUCCCUAGAAAGUGGGUGAAUAGGGAGUGGGUGAUUCUCUACCAUUCCCUGAGACAAGGCAGCUUCACGAAACGGUAAGUUUGGCAGAUGCUUGGUAAGAGAACUGUGCAACAGCCUCUGGUAGGUUGCUUGUUUAGUUCAUUGGGCUUUUAGCCUUGGUUAUUCAGUUUCUUGAAUUCCUAAUGCCAGCUCCUAAGAGCUCCUAAGUAAUUUCUACGUAUAAAACAGUCAUUUUUGUUUUUAAUAUUUUACCCCAGGAAUUAGAAGAGUUCAUACUUAACAUACUGUCUAGCGAAAUCUGCAUGGAUAGUCACAUGUAUCCCUCACUCCACUGUUGGUGGUCCUGGGUCCUGAAUUCUCAACAAGGGACAGACCUCCAGCCUUUUGACCAUAAUCAGCUUAGGUUCCAAAAGGAACCUACUGAGGAAGAAGACAGUAUGUUUAUCUUCUUCAAACUGCAGGUUCUAUUAGCAAUUUGAUUAGAAUUUAAGUUUCCUCUGACACAAAGUUGCCUCUAGCCCUAUUAUUCUGAAUUUUUAAGGAUCACGGGGUCAACCCCCUGGAAUUGCCUUUCCUAUUUUCCUAUUAUUUCUUAUGCAAUGCAAAUCUACUAAAGGGAUUGAAAACUUCCCUUUUUGUGUUAUGAGUCUAAACUUUCUAUAUUAAAAAGAGAAAAACCCAGUUCUAUAAUUACUUUUUUUUUUUUUUUUUUAGGUCUUGUGACAAAUUUAUAACAUUGACCAUUUUAGGGAUGAUGAAAGUGAAAGAAUGAGUGGGGCAAAAAGGGAGGCAAUCAAUACUGAUAGUGAUUACAUUUUGUAGUGCUUAAGGACAUCCUUUCUUCUCUUAAUCAACAGAAUCCCCAAAAGUUAAGGUGAGUCCUCGCUGAUCCAUAUUUUUUCAUGAAUAUGCAGAAUGGAACUCCUUAUGUGACCUUUCAUAUAUUGUAUUUGGGGCUUAGAAACUGAGGUCUAAAAUGUAAGGCUGUUUGUUCGGCUCAUGGUUAAUGAGAUAGAACAUGGUCUCUCUAGGCAGGUUCCACAAUCUUGCACUGGGGGGAAAUAAAAAUACAGAAAAUGAUCUUCCUUAUAAAUGCCAGUGCAAAAAUCUAUAGCAAAAUAUCAGCAAACAGAAUCCAUACCACAUUAAAAAAUGUAGCACAAGAGGG